AGACAUGAAAAAUUUCAGAAGCCCCCCCAGACUAAAGCCCUAUAAAUGUGAGGAAUGUGACCUAUGCUUUGGUCAAAGGUCACACCUUGUUAGACAUCAGAAAAUCCACACUGGAGAGAAACCUUAUCAGUGUCUGGAAUGUGGGAAUUUUUUCAGUGAAAGAGGCAGUCUCAGAAACCAUGAGAGGCUUCACACAGGGGAGAAACCUUACAAGUGCUGGGAAUGUGGGAGGAGCUUUUCUUGGAAGGCAAGUCUUUGGGCCCAUGAGAAGGUUCACAGAGGGGAGAAAAACGAAAAGUGCCUCGAAUGUGGGAAAUGUUUUAUCUCAAAAUCAAUCCUAGUGCAACAUCAGAGACGUCACACCAGAGAGAGACCCUAUGAAUGCCCAGAAUGUGAGAGACGAUUUAUGUUUCCUUCUCUACUUCAGAGGCACCAGAAGGGGCACAAACGGGAGAAAUCCUAUCCAUGUAGGGAGUGUGGGAAAGGUUUUCUUACACAAACAGAGCUUCAGCUUCACGAAAGAAUCCACACAGGGGAAAAACCAUACAAAUGUGAGGAGUGUGGGAAAUGCUUUUCCCCAAAACAAAGCCUUGGAAGGCAUCAGAGGCUCCACACAGGAGAGAAGCCAUAUCAAUGCUUCGAAUGUGGAAAAUGUUUUGCUCAACAGGGACACCUUUGGAGACAUCAUAAAACUCACACAGGGGAGAAAUUAUACAGAUGCCUAGAAUGUGGAAAAUGUUUUGCUGAACAGGGAAACCUUUGGACACAUCAUAAAACCCACACAGGGGAGAAGCCAUAUCAAUGCUUCGAAUGUGGAAAAUGUUUUGCUCAACAGGGAAACCUUUGGAGACAUCAUAAAACCCACACAGGGGAGAAAUUAUACAGAUGCCUAGAAUGUGGAAAAUGUUUUGCUCAACAGAUAAACCUUUGGAGACAUCAUAAAACCCACACAGGGGAGAAACCACAUCAAUGUAUCGAAUGUGGACAAUUUUAUUCUACCACAUCAGAUCUUAGAAGUCAU